CGUUUGCUGUGUCUAACAUCCGGAAGGGUGGGAACCUGUCUUAAAGUUCUGCAAAUCACAAGUUAGAGUUACCUACAGUCUGCUCUGAGUGACUUUAUCUCUGAAUAGACUGAUAAACAAAACUAUCCUGCGUCGUGAGUAUUAAAUGGUGUUAGUUUGAGAAGAUGGUGUGUGGAGGAGAAUUGGUUUGAUGGUUGGUGUGUAACAGCUCACCUGGGACAGGAGCUCAGGCGCCUGCUGGUGUUCUCCUGCUGGGAUCAACACUGAGAUUGUUCUCAUUUGAGACUCACACCGGAUUUCCUUCUGUCCCUCACUGAAGCUGCCACAAGUCACAGUUUAUUUGCAUACACAUUUCACUGGGCCUGUUUCAUUGGCACUUCUCCAGUCCUUUGAGAAGAAAUUCAGAGAAAGUUCAAAGCACUGUUAAAACGUUAAAUGCUAUGAGUGCCCAGCCAAGGAGAAUCCGUCUGAAGCCAUGGCUGCUGGCUCAGGUGAACAGUGGAAAAUACCCCGGCCUCAACUGGCUCAAUAAGGAGAGUCGCUUAUUUCAGAUACCAUGGAGACAUGCCACACGCCAUCUGCCAACGCCAGAAGAGGAGAACACUAUAUUCAAGGCUUGGGCACAGGAGACAGGGAAGUACCAGGAGGGUGUAGAUGAACCUGAUCCGGCCAAGUGGAAGGCCAACCUGCGCUGUGCACUCAACAAAAGCCGCGAGUUUAUGCUAAAGUAUGAUGGUACCAAAGAGACACCAAUGCAACCAUACAAGAUUUAUGAGGUGUGCGAUCUGCCAGUAAAUGGAGAUGAGGGUGAGGAUGAAGAGGAAGAGCUUCCUAAUGUUGCACAUCUUUCCAUCAACCCUCUUGCCAGUGAGCUUCCAAGUUACCCUGCAUUCCCAGCCAAUCCAGUCGAUAGAUUCCUAGUUCCUAUCAUGCCACCUGUUUUUCCUGAUCAUGGCCAUAUAGUUCCAAAUAUGAAGCAGAAGGAGCACCUACUCAGGGAACCUGUUCCAAAUGGACAUGGUCUGGUUAACAGGGCCAUAGCACCAUCUGCUGUUCCCCAUGCUGUUGACAUGACGGACACAUUGGUGGACAGUCCUAUGCCAGAGGUGAGGCCUGAAGUAGAGAGCCAAGUGCAGUCAUGCGUCUCUGACCUGCUGACCAAUCCUCAUAUGCUACCCUUAACGGACCUCGACAUUAAAUUCCAGUAUCGUGGCCACACCGUGGGCUCUAUGACUGUGAGUAAUCCUCAGGGCUGUCGUCUUUAUUCUGGCAAUUUGGCACCAACACCAGAGCAAGUGGAGCUAUUCGGACCCAUCACACUGCACCAGGUCCUGUUUCCUGAAGCUGCUAUAAUCCAAAAUGAGAAGCAGCGCUUCUACACUGAGCAUCUCCUAGAUGUGAUGGACCGGGGCCUCAUCCUAGAGAUCCAAGGCCAGGACAUCUACGCUGUGCGUUUGUGCCAGUGCAAAGUGUUCUGGUCCGGGCCGGGAGUGCCUGAGGGCGGUCAGCCUAAUCCAAUGGAAAGGGAGCGCAAGAUCAACGUGUUCAGUCUCAAUAACUUCUUGCAGGGACUUAUCAUGUACCAGAAGGGUGAGGUGCCGAAUCCCCCACCCUUUGAAAUUUACUUCUGCUUUGGGGAGGACUGGCCUGACAGAAAACCCAAAGAGAAAAAGCUUAUAAUUGUUCAGGUCGUGCCUGUAGUGGCAAGGAUUCUGACCGAGAUGUUUUCUGGGGAGCUCUCAUGGUCCACAGACAGCAUCCGCCUUCAGAUCUCCAAUCCUGAUCUGAAAGACCAAACUGUUGAGCAGUUUAAGGAACUCCACAGACUAUUGCAAAAUCAACAGGCACAAGCUUCAUGGCAUCAGACCAUCCACUAACACAGGGAUACUCAGUCUCAUCAUUACAUGCUCUAACUGAGGAGGAAUGCAGCUGCACUGUAUUGGUUUAAAUGAGUGCUUAUUUGGAUCAGCUCCAUUUGUACAACACAUUGCUUUUGUGGGGGAAUAUUUAAUUCUGUAAACAUUUGUCUUGGUUUCACACUAAGAUUUGCUUGUUUGAGCAAUAGGUGGUAGGCUGCUAUUCAGGGAAUAAUACUGAAAUGUUUACAACCCAUAGUGGAUGGCAGCUUGCAUGACAUGCCAAGUGAUCAACAUCGUAAUAUCACUGUUUUCUUAUAACUAACAUUAUUUUUCGAAUAGAGCAGACAGAUCUGGAAUUCUGAUUCAACAAUAUCAAUCAUGGUUAUAGUUUCCAACUGAGGCCCUUCCAAUCUGUGUUUAUCUUCUUGUGCUGCAUCACCAAAAAUACAUGGGACCAUCAGGGCUGCUUUAAUUGUGGUUUAAAACUUGCAUUCAAUGGUCUUUGUUGUUCUAAAAUGUUUUAUUUUAAUUUUACUUGUUUCAAUAAAUAACAAACUAAUUCUCAA